UUGUUUUAACCUCUGUGUUCUGUGGGAUCCAGCAUUCCCAGCUGGCUUUGUGCUAUCCACACCAUGGUGGAGCCUUUUCCAUUCCCCAGCACGCUGAGCCAGCACCACCACACCAGACAGCUCGCUAACACCUGCCACUCAUCUCACCACACCAUCUGCUCCAGCAUUUCAUAACAGCACGCUUCAAACUGGAGUUUUCCUUCUCUCUUUUCCAAACCAGUCAUCCUAAACCUGUGUCACGACUGGAAUCUGUCUCCAGAUCCCUUUUCAGCACAGCUCCUGAGGAAUACCAUAAUCACACUCAGCCUUUGGGCUGCAAUGAGCCUUUUCUUCUGUGGGAGUAAAAUCCUCUUGGCCAUCCCUGGAUUAAAUCAUGACUCAAUUCCAUGUUUUUAAGAGCAGAAUCCACCCAAUCUGGUGAAAAUCAUGGAUACAAUGGGAGCAGACAGGUAUGACUGGACCACUCUGGAUGCUGAGGAGCCGCCAGCUGCAGUGCGGUACCCCCAGCGUGGAGGCAGCAAGCAGUGGGCACACCCCCACCAUGAUCCCUAUGUCGAUGCCUCCCUCACUUUGGGAACACAGCCAGGCUCUCCUCGAUGUUCACAGGAGCAGAGAGGAGGCAGGAGGCUGGUCAUGAAAAGGAAGGUGCUGAGGCACAGACCUGAUGGCGGAAUGGAGGUGUCCGAUGAGUCAGUGCCCGGCGAGCCUGAGAGCGAUCCCGAGGUUUGGAGCCCCAGGCAGGAAUUGUCUGAGCCAGACGACAGCAUCUCUGAGGGGGAGAUUGAGACCAGCAGCAGCUCCCAUGAUGAAUCUCUGUGCCAGUGGCUCCCUCUGGACAGCUCCCCCUCUCUCCUUGGGGAUUUCGGGAGCAGGAGCUCUCCUGUUUCUCAGUACACAGCGGGACAACCCAAAUCCUUCAUCCCACCACGGCUAGAGCUGCUGGGACGGAAUAGGGGGAAAACCGACCGAGUGGCCAAAUACUUUGAGUAUAAACGAGAAUGGGAGAAGUUCCGGAUCCCGGGAGAGGAUCAGCGGCAGGAACUGCGCUGGAGCAUCCGGGAGCAGAUGCUCUGCAAGGCUGAGCUUCCCGGGAAGCCACAACACUUCUAUGUCCCCAACACCUACACGGUGCCCACUGAGAAGAAGAGAGCUGCCCUGCGCUGGGAAGUGCGCUGGGACCUGGCCAACGGCCUCAUGCCCAGGAAAGCCACCUCCACCUAGGCCCGCUCCAUAUAGAUACCUCUGAACCACAACACACUGAAUGCAUUUUUCCCCUCAAAAACCUUGAUAAUUAGGUAAAUCUCCCCUUUUUUUACGCAUUUCUAGAGGGUUAAAUCCUGGUAUUAAAACUUCACCUGGCGCAGAGGGAAAAGCUUCCUCCUGAGUUCAGGUUCGGGGCAUUAGGAAUCAGGAUGUAAGGAUCUUUGGGAUUUGAGUGCUCCUGGGUUCUCAUGUGAGGUUUUAUUUAUGGCAAUAUCUCUAAUAAAGUGUGUGGAAAGAUU